GAGAGGAGAGACCAACAAUCAUCGAUCGACGCUGUUAAUCCGAGAAAGAUCAAGCCGAUGGUUUGAAGCUGAUGCUAAAAUCUUAUUGAGCCGGAAGAAGAAGAUUGCUCUCACUACAUAGAGUGUGAAUUCGAGUUGCGAAUAAUUCCUGAUUCGAGAUCAUAUUGUUUUUACCGUUUCCUUUAAACCCUCCCCGCCGCAAGUUUCCUCAGUUGUCAAUUUAACAAAAGAAGUGUGUACGUCAAAUCGGAGGGAUUGCUAUUUGUUUGUUAUCCACUCCCCUCGACUCUUAUGUACCCUCUUUCAUAAUAAUACUACCUUCGUUUCUCCUCGCUCGAUCAUCACCAUCACUCCUCCACCCUCGGUUUCCUCUUGACCACCACUCCCCGUUCCUACCCCGAUCAACGUAGUGCAAGUACUCCCCCGAUUGCCGAUUGAGGUUCGACCACGCUGCUCCAUCGGAUCUCGAGUAGUUGUCUUCCCCAGUCUUCCUCAGCUUUCAAUCACAGCCCAGUUCACUCUCAAUCCAGUUGUAUAGUGCCAUCCUACAGACAGUACACACAUACAUCAUAUACAUCCAUAUAACCCAGAAUACUACUACUACUACUACUAUUACUACUACUAACCACCCACUACCAACCCACAACCAGAGACCCCCGCUCUGAACUCCCCCCCCACUUGACUGAUCAAAAAAACAAUUUCCCAACAAUCCCACUCCAGAUACUCCAUCACCCUCUCAAUCAUACAACACCAAGCUCCGUUUCAGAUGGGCAUUCACUCAGCCGGCAAGAGAAGAUCAUCCGAACAGCGUCUUCUCCGUCGUUCCAACCCCACCUCACAACCAUCAGCAACCAUCAAAAACAUCAUCAACAACCCCUCCUCAUCAGCCUCACACUCAUCAUCAGAUCACACCCAACAAGCACAAUCCACCCUGCAACACAAUCUCAAUCCCCCUCAAGCCCAACCAACAAGGACGUUCCCAUCAGACUAUCAACCAUCUCCACCCCUCGCCUCCCACAUCCCAUCACCACCCUCACCACCUCAAGCACCCGCAUCAGCUCCAACCUCACUCCCCCUCCCACCACCUAGCAACCAGAUCAUCUUCUCCGCCAUCCAGAGCGACCCUCUCAACAUACCCACUAUCGAAAACUCGGAUUCUGAACUUGCUCAACAGCUCUUGGCUACACUCAUCCAACAAGCUCGUCAACAGCCCAACCUCGACCUACCCACAUCUCAGCUCGACCCCCAAGAUCUAGAAACACUCCGCCUGGCCCUCUGUCCUCCUGCUCAUCUCAACAACCACAACCCCAUCCCCAACCCCUCCUCGACCUUUGCUCCCUCACCUCCCUCCUUCCACCCGGGCCAUUUCCUCCACCACCACCAAACACCCAACGAUCAACGCUCCCUACGCAAACGCUCACUCACCGAUGACAGCCAUCAACUACAAGCCCGGCAAUCCGUCCAAGGCAACGGUAGCGGGCCCAGUGCCGAUGGAUAUCCCAGCUGUACCGCUGUAUCCAAUGCCAUCCUCUCCUGUUUUCCCGAGUCACACACCGUUCUCGUACAGCACAACUGGAGCAAAUUCAUCUGGAAUAACAAUUAUCCCACUUUCAUCGGAUCCAAAUUGGUAGACAUCUAUCUAUACAAUGCCAACUCGGAAAAUCCCGUUGCGAAUUGGACACAGAUUCCUAACGAUCGGGGAAUGAUUGGAAUCUAUGCCGAUGACUCCUGGUUCCCACCCGUUACGAGCUGGCAGGACGGUCGCAAUCUCACCUUUCCCUACUUCUUUAUCAUCACCAACGCCGGUGCGACCCUGACCGGCGGCGAACAACAUCAAGCUACCUUCCGCGUUGUCCAGACUGCACCUCCUCAGGCCUAUAUCACCGCUUCGCUUGCUUCAGCUUACACCAGCUCCUUGGUUGCGUCCCUCGCCAGUCACUCUCUUCUCCCGUCUGCCGUCCCAAAUUCAAAUCUUCAGCGGGGGUCAAGUGGGGAUGCAUUUCCCCGGUGGGAAAUAGCACUCAUUGUCGUCCUUGGAUCUUUUGCUCUCCUGAUCUUCUUGGUUGCCGCCUAUCUGGCCUUCACAAAUGCUCGCAAACGAAGACAAGUACGAAUUUGGCAAGCAGCAGCCCUGGGUGGCAAAUCGGGAAGCGGAGGAAGCGUUGCAAGCCACAGUCCAAUGAUUCAGAACACUGAAGGAGCUGCUCUUAUCGGCCAUCAGAAGAGUCGCGGUGGUGUAGGUGGUGUUGGGGUGACAUCGGCCCGAGAUUUACACUCUCCCAACAGCUCCCGCCCGGGCUCCCCUCUGUCGGCCAACAACCCUACCUCGAAUACCUUUGCCUUCCCGCCUGGAGAGCAUAACACUGCCGGCUCUGAGGCCGUCGCCACACCUGACGGGCCUAUCACAUCGGUGGACGCGACGAUGAUGGCCGAAGCAUUCCGGAAGGCGCUUCGGAAACCUGAGUUCUCUCUACCCGAAAACGUCCCUGGUGAUGCCCGCUCCUCCUCCAGCCAACGCGAACGAACCAAGAGUCCUCCGAACACCGAUCCCACUAAUCCCGAUUCAUCCGCCCCUAAAGCCCUGCUCAACGUUAGGGAAAGCAUGCACGCUCAGGUUCUUGAUGGUGACGAUCUCCCUGACCUUGAAGACCAGGACGGUGAAGAGGCUAAGGAAAUCAUGGACCGCGAACUCGCUAGUGAAGGCCGUAGUAUGACCUCGGUCGACAACCGAAAACGGCCCCAGGUUCAUGGUUAACCCUUCUCCUUGUCCACCCCUCGCCCCUUCUCUUUCUCAGUCGCCUCUAUAACCGCUUCUCUAUCCCUUCCCGCGCCACUCAAUACUAAUAUAUCAAUCCUAACAAAUAAUAUCCUUCAUCAUCAAAUAUCAUCAACAUCGUCAUCCAUCGUCUUGAAAUCGAGAAUCCCAAAAAGAUAUAACGACAAUAAUUUCAUUUCUUCCUUUUACGUUUAAUAUAUAUACAUAUAUAUCAUCUCAACAUACUUCUUUAUUUUGUAUAUGAGAGCCCGAGACGGGGGGGGAAGAGAAAAUGAAGAUGAAGAUUUUCGUGACCGGCAAUCGAGACACAGAUUGCCGCCCCUACAUAACCUCACAUAUUUUAUUCGUUCACAUGGUUGGUCCUAACGUGGACGAGGAAACGAUAUCGACGAUCGGCUGUCUCCUCUUCUCCGCCUUUUUUUUGGAACCUGCGUUGCCCUCCUAUUCGCUUCUCGCGCUGCCUUUUUUCCCCGCUCGUCUCCGGACCCACUCCCUCGCUUCUCCGCUCUUGUCUCUCUCUUCACAUUCAUCGAUCUGCCGUCGCGUCUCUUUUUGUCUUCAUACUCUCAUAUAUCUCAUACCACGAUUUGUUUGUUCUUAGUUCUAUUUAUCAUCCACAUAUAUUCAUAUAUCUAUAUCUCUUUCCUCAUAUCCUAUCUUAUUCGAUUUAACACCUUCCCCCCACACACCUCCCCUCUGCGCUUUCUCUCUGCUUCAUCUCCUCUCUCACUCUUCUUUAUUGUUGGGUCUUUGUUGGUGAUUGUCUUGUUUAUUAGUUUUUGUUUUGUGUUUGUGUUGUUUUUUGAAUCAAUACGAAGAAACAUUUGUUUCCCCCCCCCCCCCCCAUUCUUUUUUUUUUUUUCCUU